ACCUAGCUUUCUUAAAGGAUAUCUUUACCAGAUUAAUUUUGGUACAGCUUCGGCCUUUUUUGGAUCUAAAAGACAGGAACUAUUUCUUGGCUAUAUUACAGUCUAGUGGACAUGGCUGGUGGGUGUCACAACUACACGGACAGUGACUUUAAUAUCAUAUUCACCACCAAGCUAGUUGUAUCCUCACUGGCUACAGUAACUUGUAUUGCUGCUACUCUACUAAUUUUGUGUGCAAAAGCAUAUAAGAGGUUUGUGUAUAGGCUUGUGCUGUACUUCAUGAUUGCUGUGAUGUUUCAAGCAAUUUCUUUGAUUCUUGAGCAAACACCAAUUAUUCAUAAUAAGCCAGACUCUCAAGUGGAGGUGAGAAAUGGCUGGGACGUUCCAUGCUCUAUUUUUGCUUUUCUUGAUCAAAUAGCUCUUUGGAUAGGCAAUUUUGUUGUAUUAUGGAUAUUCCUGUAUUUGUUGCACCUUGUUUGGAAUUUGUACCACUUGAAGCUUGUUCAGCAGAGUCAAAAAAUAUCCAAAGGCGAAAUCAUUGCUCUAUUUGCAAUUUUCAUACUGCCACUCACAUUUAACUGGAUACCAUUUGCUACAAAUAUGUAUGGCCUAUCAGGACUGUGGUGUUGGAUUAAAGAGACAGAGAAUGGGUGUACAAGCGAUCCAACGAUUGGUCUUGUGCUUAUCUUUACGUUGUUUUAUGGUCCACUUAUGUUCCUUAUGGUGUUCGGUUUUGCAAGUCUGUUGGUGAUUGUAGUUGCGCUGUGUAAACGCUGGAAAUCUGUUCAGGGCUUGGUUCGACAGCGGUACACUAAAGGGAUCAAAGAGAUAGUGUUUGUCAUGAUGUACCCUAUUCUAUACAACCUAAUCUGUAUUUUUCUAGUGGUGAAUCGAAUAAACUCUGCAAUUCGAAGCAGUCGAGGUGAACCGCCUUUCUAUCCUCUAUGGUUGGCACAUGCUUUAGCUGAUUCGUUUCGAACUCUUCUUCCCCCUUUGGCAUUCCUUCUGCACCCAAGUACAUGGGGAAACCUAAUGUGUGUAAAAAAGCGGGAGGAGGAUGAGGACACAGAAUACUUCUAUGUGCCUCCGGAGGACAGUGAUAUUGGUGAAGGUAUCACUAUACGAGGGACUAAGCAGAUUGAGUAUGGUAGUGUGCUGCUGUAGCAGUUUGAAACAGUAUAACAAUAAAUGUAUGGUAUGGCUGUAAUAUAUAUAUACAUACAAUUUUUAUAUCAAUAAUAAUAGCUGAUACAGUGUUACCAAGAGUAUAAUUAAAUACAUGUACUCUUAGUGUUA